CCUCCUCCUCCUCGGUGGCGGCGGCGGCGAGCGCAGGCGGCGGGCGGCCGGGCCUGGGCAGAGGCCGAAACAGUAGCAAAGGACUGCCUCAAUCUACGAUUUCUUUUGAUGGAAUCUAUGCAAAUAUGAGGAUGGUUCAUAUACUUACAUCAGUUGUUGGAUCCAAAUGUGAAGUACAAGUGAAAAACGGAGGUAUAUAUGAAGGAGUUUUUAAAACAUACAGUCCUAAGUGUGAUUUGGUACUUGAUGCUGCACAUGAGAAAAGUACAGAAUCCAGUUCGGGGCCAAAACGUGAAGAAAUAAUGGAGAGUAUUUUGUUCAAGUGUUCAGAUUUUGUUGUGGUACAGUUUAAAGAUAUGGACUCCAGUUAUGCAAGAAGAGAUGCUUUUACUGACUCUGCUAUCAGUGCUAAAGUGAAUGGUGAACACAAAGAGAAGGACCUGGAGCCCUGGGAUGCAGGUGAACUCACUACCAGUGAGGAACUGGAGGCUUUGGAAAAUGAUGUUUCUAAUGGAUGGGAUCCCAAUGAUAUGUUUCGAUAUAAUGAAGAAAAUUAUGGUGUAGUGUCUACAUAUGAUAGCAGUCUAUCUUCAUAUACGGUGCCCUUAGAAAGGGAUAACUCAGAAGAAUUUUUAAAACGAGAAGCAAGGGCAAACCAGUUAGCAGAAGAAAUUGAAUCAAGUGCCCAGUAUAAAGCCCGGGUGGCCCUGGAAAAUGAUGAUAGGAGCGAAGAAGAAAAAUACACAGCAGUUCAGAGAAAUUCCAGUGAACGUGAGGGCCACAACAUAAACACUAGGGAAAAUAAAUAUAUUCCUCCUGGACAAAGAAAUAGAGAAGUCAUAUCCUGGGGAAGUGGGCGACAGAAUUCACCGCGUAUGGGCCAGCCUGGAUCGGGCUCCAUGCCAUCGAGAUCCACCUCUCACACUUCAGAUUUCAACCCAAAUUCUGGUUCAGACCAAAGAGUAGUUAAUGGAGGUGUUCCCUGGCCAUCGCCUUGCCCAUCUCCUUCCUCUCGCCCACCUUCUCGCUACCAGUCAGGUCCCAACUCUCUUCCACCUCGGGCAGCCACCCCUACACGGCCGCCCUCCAGGCCCCCCUCGCGGCCAUCCAGACCCCCGUCUCACCCCUCUGCUCAUGGUUCUCCAGCUCCUGUCUCUACUAUGCCUAAACGCAUGUCUUCAGAAGGGCCUCCAAGGAUGUCCCCAAAGGCCCAGCGACACCCUCGAAAUCACAGAGUUUCUGCUGGGAGGGGUUCCAUUUCCAGUGGCCUAGAAUUUGUAUCCCAUACCCCACCAAGUGAAGCGACUGCUCCUCCAGCAGCAAGGACCAGUCCCGCAGGGGGCACAUGGUCAUCAGUGGUCAGCGGGGUUCCAAGAUUAUCCCCUAAAACUCACAGACCCAGGUCUCCCAGACAGAACAGUAUUGGAAAUACUCCUAGUGGGCCAGUUCUUGCUUCUCCCCAAGCUGGUAUUAUUCCAGCUGAAGCUGUUGCUAUGCCUGUACCAGCUGCAUCUCCUACGCCUGCCAGUCCUGCAUCCAACAGAGCUGUAACCCCAUCUCUUGAGGCUAAAGAUUCCAGGCUUCAAGAUCAGAGGCAGAACUCUUCUGCAGGGAAUAAAGAAAAUAUGAAGCCCAAUGAGACAUCACCUAGCUUCUCAAAAGCUGAAAGUAAAGGUAUAUCACCAAUUGUUUCUGAACAUAGAAAACAGAUUGAUGAUUUAAAGAAAUUUAAGAAUGACUUUAGGUUACAGCCAAGUUCUACUUCUGAAUCUAUGGAUCAGCUGCUAAACAAAAAUAGAGAGGGAGAAAAAUCAAGAGAUUUGAUCAAAGACAAAAUUGAACCAAAUGCUAAGGAUUCUUUCAUUGAAAAUAGCAGCAACUGCACCAGUGGCAGCAGCAAGCCGAGCAGUCCCAGCAUUUCCCCUUCAAUCCUCAGUAACACAGAGCACAAGAGGGGGCCUGAGGUCACAUCCCAAGGGGUUCAGACUUCCAGUCCAGGAUGUAAACAAGAGAAAGAUGAUAAAGAGGAGAAGAAAGAUGCAGCUGAGCAAGUGAGGAAAUCAACGUUGAAUCCCAAUGCGAAGGAGUUCAACCCUCGUUCCUUUUCUCAGCCAAAGCCUUCUACCACCCCAACUUCGCCUCGUCCUCAAGCACAACCUAGCCCAUCUAUGGUGGGUCAUCAGCAGCCAACUCCAGUUUAUACUCAACCUGUUUGUUUUGCACCAAAUAUGAUGUAUCCAGUCCCAGUGAGCCCAGGAGUGCAACCUUUAUAUCCUAUACCUAUGACGCCCAUGCCCGUCAAUCAAGCCAAGACAUAUAGAGCAGGUAAAGUACCAAAUAUGCCCCAACAACGGCAAGACCAGCAUCAUCAGAGUACCAUGAUGCACCCAGCCUCAGCAGCAGGCCCACCAAUUGUGGCCACCCCACCAGCUUAUUCCACACAAUAUGUUGCCUAUAGUCCUCAGCAGUUUCCAAAUCAGCCUCUUGUUCAGCAUGUGCCACAUUAUCAGUCUCAGCAUCCUCAUGUCUAUAGUCCUGUAAUACAGGGUAAUGCUAGAAUGAUGGCACCACCAACACAUGCCCAGCCUGGUUUAGUAUCUUCUUCAGCAACUCAGUACGGGGCUCAUGAGCAGACGCAUGCGAUGUAUGUUUCCACUGGCUCCCUUGCCCAGCAGUAUGCGCACCCUAAUGCUACCUUGCACCCUCAUACUCCACACCCUCAGCCUUCAGCUACCCCCACUGGACAGCAGCAAAGCCAACAUGGUGGAAGCCAUCCUGCACCCAGUCCUGUUCAGCACCAUCAGCACCAGGCCGCCCAGGCUCUCCACCUGGCCAGUCCGCAGCAGCAGUCAGCCAUUUACCAUGCGGGGCUGGCACCAACCCCACCUUCCAUGACACCUGCCUCCAAUACACAGUCGCCACAGAAUAGUUUCCCAACAGCACAACAGACCGUCUUUACGAUUCAUCCUUCUCACGUUCAGCCGGCUUAUACCAAUCCACCCCACAUGGCCCAUGUACCUCAGGCUCAUGUACAGUCAGGAAUGGUUCCUUCUCAUCCAACUGCCCAUGCGCCAAUGAUGCUAAUGACGACACAGCCACCCGGCGGUCCCCAGGCCGCCCUCGCUCAAAGUGCACUACAGCCCAUUCCAGUCUCGACAACAGCGCAUUUCCCCUAUAUGACGCACCCUUCAGUUCUGGUUCAAGUAUCUCUAGAAAAAGACAAGACUGAGAGAUGUUCUCUUUGGUGGCUAGAGGUCUGCUUCAGAAGGAGGAAGGCUGGCCAGAGUUGGGCAGUGCCGCAAGCCCACGUCCUCACCCUGACGCUGAUUCUAAAUGAUCAAAGGCAGAAGAUUUAUACCAGAUAAAGCCAUAUGGAUUGCUGGUCUAAAAUUCAAGGCAGGUUAGUUGACUUAAUUCUUUGGUGCUGGUGACUGUUAGUUUGUAAAAGUUCACUGAAGUCAGGCAAAGGAAGUGAUGAUGCUGGGAGCAGUUAAGCUAUCCUCGUUGUCUGUAAUUAGAGAUAACUGGAGGGCCUGUGACGCUUACUGUCCAACUGGCACUCAGAGUCUGGCUCUCAGCAGAGGCUGCUGGCUUGGCCUCUUGCCUCCAGCAGUGGUCACAUUGAGGCUGGAAAGAGGGUGGUGGCAUGUGCUAUGACUGCGGUGGGCUGGCUGCAGCCGUCAGGAUUGCUGCCUUACUGCCUGUGACGGCAUCAAGCCCAGGGACCCACUGCUCCCGUUCCUCCAGCUCAACCUGCUCUAGCAGAAAGAAAAGGCAUUGACUUAGUGUCGCUUCUUCCCAGGCCAUGAGGGGCCUUUUUUGUCAGAAUGUAUUUGAGCUGUCCUGGCAACUCAGACACAUUUAAUGAAGAAAUGUUUUUCUUGAACAUUUUACACUGAAGCAGUCUGGAAGUGGGUGACUCUGUCACAGAUUCUGAGCUUGUACUUUGUAGCCAGUCGGUCAGAGCUGCAGGCUUGCUGUGCCUGGCUUGCCUCUUGGCACUCCCUGAGAAUUGUAUGUUGAGAGGCUGUUAAGAAGUGAGUGCCCCUGGCUUGUGGAUAUCAUAUCCCAGAUGUUUGUUUACCCUUCUGGUUGGAGGGAGGGAACUUACUUGUUUGGUUCAUUGUCUGCUUGGCCCCUUUCCUGUGCAGACAGGGGAAAAUCUGUACCAGUGACUUGUCAGAAUUGACUUUCUGUGAUGAGCUUUCUCUUGUAAAAGAGAAAUCCAAAACAGUGCUUACUCCUGGUCUACACUUUGCUUAGCAUUCAUUAAUCAGACCUGCUUGAUGUGUAGAAAAUGUGGCCCUUAGAAAUAGACCACAACUCUAGAUCAGGGUUGGUUAUGCUUUACCAUCUGUGAAAACACCCAGGACUGUUGGUUUUAUCUGUAUAUAUAAGGUGGGGGGAGGGAGGGGCACGCCACACAGCUUGCAGGAUCUCAGUUCCCCCGACCAGGGAUGGAACCCACGCCCCCUACAGGGGAAGCACAGAGCCCUACCACUGGACCAACAGGGA